CAGAAGACAGAUGAGAUGCAUAGUAAAAAACAGGUCCAAUUAACAGUGGGUGGUAUGGCUGAACAUGGAUGUUCAGAAGUGGAUACCAGCCCCAAAACUGGAUUUGUUUAUGACGGUCGCCUUACAUCACAUUUCUGUGCCUGGAAUAAAGACUUCACUGAACGACCAGAACGCAUCGAAGGCUGUUAUUUUCGUAUUCAAGAACUGGGACUGGUCAGUCGCUGCAGACAUGUGCCUGUGAGGCCAGCCAGUGAUGAAGAAGUGCGGCUGUGUCAUACAGAUAAGCAUAUAGAAUUACUGAAGAAGACUAAGACAAUGACCUCAGAAGAGCUGAGCCAUAUGUCCCAGUCCUAUGACUAUAUCUACUUCCACAAAAAUGUGGAUGAAAAUGCACGCCUUGCUGUCGGAGGGGCAAUUGAUCUCAUGGACCAGAUUAUGAGUGGCAAGGGCUGUUAG